AGGGGUGCAGACACCACGCAGCGGGUGAGAGGAGGGUGUUUUCGUGGCAAAAGCUUUCGCCUUUGGGAGUUUUGUGACAAAUUCCGCAAUGAGGAAGACUCGUUUUCAAACCCGCAACACCACAAGCAGCUCCGAACUCAGGGCUAUGGCUCUCCUGCGCAGCAGUUUGUAAGAGGGAAGAUCUGUGUGCACUGUAAGUGUCGUCGUGAGGAGCAUGCAGUGACAGCCAUGCCUGUAGAGAUGGAGAAGACUGUCACCAAGCUGAUGUAUGACUUCCAGAGGAACUCGACCUCAGAUGACGACUCAGGCUGUGCGCUAGAGGAGUACGCCUGGGUACCUCCGGGACUUAAACCUGAACAGGUUCAUCAGUACUACAGCUCCCUGCCUGAGGACAAGGUGCCCUACGUGAACAGCCCAGGAGAGAAGUACCGCAUCAAACAGCUGCUCCAUCAGCUCCCACCGCACGACAAUGAGGUACGCUACUGCAACAGCCUGGAUGACGAGGAGAAGCGAGAACUGAAGAUCUUCAGCAACCAACGGAAACGGGACAACCUGGGCCGCGGAAAUGUCCGACCGUUCCCCCUGACGAUGACGGGAGCAAUUUGCGAACAGUGUGGAGGUCAGAUAAAUGGCGGCGACAUUGCCGUGUUUGCGUCACGGGCCGGCCACGGCGUGUGUUGGCAUCCGGCCUGCUUUGUGUGCAGCAUCUGCAAUGAGCUCCUGGUCGACCUCAUCUACUUCUACCAGGACGGGAAGAUCUUCUGUGGCAGGCACCAUGCUGAGAGGCUGAAGCCACGCUGCACCGCCUGUGAUGAGGUCAUCCUGGCAGAUGAGUGCACUGAAGCGGAGGGGCGUCACUGGCACAUGAAGCACUUCUGCUGUUUUGAGUGCGAGACCGUGCUGGGGGGCCAGCGCUACAUCAUGAAAGAGGGGCGGCCCUACUGCUGCUCCUGCUUCGAGUCACUCUACGCGGAGUACUGCGACUCCUGCGGGGAACAUAUUGGCAUUGACCAAGGCCAGAUGACAUAUGACGGGCAGCACUGGCAUGCCACAGAGGGCUGCUUCUGCUGCGCUCGCUGCAAGCGCUCUCUAUUGGGUCGGCCUUUCUUGCCCAAGCAGGGCCAAAUAUUCUGCUCGCGCUCCUGCAGUCUGGGGGAGGAACCUAACGGCUCCGACUCCUCUGAUUCAGCCUUCCAAAGCGCUCGCUCCACCAGAGAGUCCAGACGCAGCUCCAAGACUGGAAAGACUGGAGGAUGUGGAGUGGGUGGAGUGCAGUCUGAGAGAUUUUCAGGAGAGGUGGACCCACUGUCUUUACAAAUGGAUCUUCUGAGUCUCUCCAGCCAAACGCCAAGUUUGACUCGUGAGCCACCUGCUUGGCAGGGCCAAGAGCAAGCAGGUGAUGGCUAUAAUUAUCAAUCCCAGUCCAACCCAACUGCCAACCCCACCCCUCUGCAGCUCCUCAGCCAGUGCAAUGUCAGGACAACCUAUAACCCCUCCAGCUCUGGACAGAGUAAUCACCAGCAAGAUCACAGGAUCAAGGACCACGGAGGCUUGAAGAGACCACCCAUCUCAGCUAUGAAGGGACACUCGCUCAAUGAGACGUGGUUCCAACAGCCAGCACCAGAGGAGUACUAUCCACCCAAACUGAGGACCCAAAAGAGCUUCACUGAAGUGUCCCACUGUCCUCAGCAACACAACGGCUUCUCCUCGGACAAGCGCUCCAUCAGUUUCCACGGCUUUCAGAGGGACAGAGAUGUGGGGCUUCCAGCACCAGCCCAGGUGCCAAGAAGCAGGAACCCGAUUAAUGCACUUAACUUCACUGAGCAACUCACCCCUCUAGAGCAGACCCCAAGGGGAUCCAUGGAGUCCCUGGCCCUGUCCAAUGCUACAGGAAACUCUGCAGAGGGAGGAGGAAAGCGCCAGGAGCAUCUUUCUCGUUUCUCCAUGCCAGACCUGAGCAAAGACUCUGGAAUGAAUAUAUCAGAAAAAAGUAACAUGGGCACUCUUAACUCCUCCGAGCAGUUUCGUAGCUCUGAGUCCAUUCACAGCCUCACUGCCGGUCAGCCCUACAUGGAAAUGGAUCCUCCCAGGUCUUCCAAGUACCAAGUGCAGUUCUGCGACCCCCAUGGCAUGGCUGUGGGUAUGACUCAUUUACCACCUGGUUUCACCUUCCAAGAGGAGGAUAGGGUGAGUUUGGUGAGCAGCGCGAAUGCUGCUCGUUUGCCACCAAUCAGUGAGCGCAGGAUGGUUGCUGGAGGAGUCGGCGGAAGAGGAUCAAAUGUCAGACUAGAUGCUCAGGAGGAGACUCCCCAGAGGCGCAGACACCACCAUCGCUCCCGGAGGUCUCGUCGGUCUCGUUCAGAAAACGCUCUCAACUUGGUGGCAGAGCGGAGAGUGAGACCCCAAGAAAGACCGCAGCUGCGUGUCUGUGAGGACUACGAUCGUUUCCCGCCCCCAAGGAGUGCCAGGGACCAGUUUGGUGUAGGAAGAGGAGGGGGAAGAUACCAGCCCCAGCCCUUCAGGCAGUGUCCAAGAACCACCUCAGACCUGACCCUUCAGAACCCUGGGUCCAGCCGACGCAAUGGUCUGAACCAAUACUCCUGGGAUGAUUAUGAUGACGACGACUGGUGCUCCACCUGCUCGUCAUCUUCCGAAUCUGAUGAUGAAGGUUACUUUCUGGGUGAGCCAAUCCCCAGACCCAUCCAGCUUCGCUACCUCAGCAACCAGGAGCUGGUCCAUAAGUACAACAACACAGGGAUGGGAGGACCCAAUCGCAAUGGGCAGUUGCACACCCGAAAACGCAGAAAGAGCAAGAACUGCAUAAUCUCCUAACAUUCUGACGCUUGGCACAGUUAAUGACUCUUUGUUUAGCUUGUGUACGCAAACAUCCUCCAACAUCUGGAACAAGAAGUAAAUAAAGCCUACAGUCCAAUGAUUCAGUAUUGUUGAGUGUUGAAUAUCAUGUAAUUGAAAGUCUGUGAUGAAUAACAGUUGUUAAACAGUGACAAAGCAGCAGUGUUUGCAUGUUAUUUUUAAUUUAAAGUUUUGGAAUAUCUGCAGUUUUAAGACUAACAGUUACAUGCACAGUUCAAUCAAUUCCAAACAGUCAUCGAAAACUGAUGUGCAAUUAUUUUAAGAUUUCACUUCUUUUCCAUUAAGCAAAUGCGCGUGUGAGGGUGUCUGUUUGAUACAGUUUAGCUUUUUGAUGCAAUGUGAUUUAGGUUAAGGAUGUACUGUACUAAUGUAUUCAGUUCAUAGUAUGUACAUAGAUAAAUGAAUUAAUAAUUUCUCUUAAGUUAAGGAAGUCUGUGUAAAUAUGGUUGUAAAUGAGGCCUCACAUAUUUUUAUAUUUUCUAAUGGAUAGAAUUAUGUAUGUAUUAUAUAUCUAUAAUGUAGAGAUAGACAAUGGAAAACAAACGUAUGCAUGUUUUAUUUGGCUGACCUGGUCCUGCAUUCAGAAUAAAGGAGUAUUUCAGUGAGAA